AUGAGGAUGCUACUUAUCCUUCAACUCUCUUUAGUAGUGGCGGAUUUGGUUGUGAUAUUAUUAUUAGCAACUCCAAUUCCAACAGCAGCACAAGCCCUCCCUGGCUGCCAAGACCAUUGUGGCAAUCUCUCAAUCCCAUAUCCCUUUGGCAUAGGCCCUGGCUGCUACCUCCAACCCCAAUUCAACAUCACUUGCAACCAAUCCUCCCAGCCCCCAAAAGCACAGACGGUGAGCUCCAAAUACUUCAGUACGUUGCCGAAGACUGUUACGACGCUCAGGGCAAACUCGACUGGCCACAACGUCCCCAGGCUGUGGGUGCCUCCUCCCUACACCAUCUCUCAUACCAAGAACAAGUUCUACGUCCUUGGCUGCGACACUUACGCGUUUUUCAGCGGCUACAGAGAAGACCAGAAGUUCACGACGGGGUGCUUGUCCAUAUGUGAUAGUCUAGGCAACGCUGUUGACGAGCAGAACACUUGCUCUGGCGUUGGUUGCUGCCAAACUUCCAUCCCUGGAGGGCUAAAGAAUCAGACGGUCACGUUGAAAAGCUUUAGAAAUCACAGCGAUAUUUUGGGCUUCAACCCCUGCAGCUACUCGUUUAUUGUGCAAGAUGGCCAGUUCGAAUUCAAUGGUAUAAAUUUUCAACAGCUCAACAACAGAAUCUUGCUUCCGGCGGCUCUUAAUUGGGAAAUUGGGAAUCAGUCAUGUGACGCAGCUCAAAAGAGCGAAGGUUUUGCAUGCAAGGGAAAUAGCAACUGUACUACUGUUGGGUCUGCAGGUUACACUUGCAAGUGCAAGCCAGGUUACCAUGGGAAUCCAUACCACCCAGAUGGUUGCCAAGAUACUGAUGAGUGCGCUUUGAAUUCGACCCUUUGUAACAAUGGAAAGUGCAAAAAUCUACCUGGAAAUUACUCUUGCUCAUGUAAUAGUGGCUACAAAAACCAGGACGCAAUUACAUGCAUCAAAUCUGCAAUUUCAUUGAAAAUACGCUGCAUCAAACGCAUUUCUUGGGAAAUGAAGAACAGAAAGUUCAACAAACUCAAACAAAAAUACUUUGAAGAUAAUGGUGGCUUAUUUUUAAAGCAAGAACUGGCCAGUUAUGCUGGAUCUGUUCGGACAGCAGCCAGAAUUUUUACUGAAGAAGAACUUAAAAAGGCCACAAACAAUUAUCAUGUAAGCGGAAAAAUUGGUGAAGGAGGCUAUGGAACUGUUUACAAAGGAAUACUGUCAAAUGAACAAGUGGUUGCCAUAAAGAAGUCCAAAGUUAGUGCCCCAAUUACCGAGAGUAGGCAAUUUGUUAACGAGGUGAUUGUUCUUUCUCAAAUCCACCAUAAAAAUGUUGUGAGACUGCUAGGUUGUUGUUUGGAGACCCAAACACCAAUAUUGGUUUACGAGUUCAUCGCCCAUGGCACUCUUUAUGAGCACAUUCAUAGGAAAAACAACAAAGGAACAUCACCCCUUUCAUUGCCAUUACGAUUGAAGAUAGCAUCAGAUACAGCAGAGGCACUAGCUUACUUGCACUACUCCACUUCUACCCCGAUCAUACACCGAGAUGUGAAAGCAACAAAUAUACUAUUAGACGAAAACUACACGGCAAAAGUAUCCGAUUUUGGAGCUUCACGAUUGGUUCCUGAUCAAGAUGAAGACAAACUAUCAACUUUUGUGCAAGGGACAGUCGGAUACUUAGACCCUGAAUAUCUUCAGUCAAACAUACUAACAGAAAAGAGUGACGUCUAUAGUUUCGGAGUUGUCCUAGUGGAGCUACUCACAAGCCAAAGGGCUCUUAGUUUUGAAAAGCCUGAGGCGGAGAGAAACCUAGCAAAAGUCUUUGUUUCCUUGUUGGACUCAGAUCGCUUGGGUCAAAUUCUUGAUGUUGAAAUAGUGGAGGGACACUUUGAGAGAGUCACAAAAGUGGCCGAUCUGGCAAAAAGAUGCUUAAGGCUAAGAGGGGAAGAAAGGCCCUCCAUGAAAGAAGUAGCUGCAGAGCUCGAUGGAUUAGUGCCAACUAUGGAACUGUAUCCAAGUGGAGGAAAGCCUAAUUUCCCUCGAACUCAGAAAGAUACCGACUACUUGCUUGGGUCACCUGUUUCAAGCUCUUCCUUUGUGGAUAUCAGAGGUGAGGGUGAUGCUGCUAGUUAUAGUAGUAUUUUAAUCAGUGCAGAUUAUGAAAGGAGCAUGCAAAAUCAAAUCCAGAUGGUAACGCCUCGUGCAGAUGGGCGAUAA